UCAUAUGAUUUUUUCUCCAGUUUCUUAAUUUCAUUGUAGGAUUUUCUAAGUUAGCUGUACAACAGUUAAUCAAAGAUCUAGUGGCGGGAAAAUAUCAAACAAGUAUAACUGAUGCAAGAAUUGCAAUUUUCCAACAGACAUUGUAGAAUGAAAUAGAAAAGCAACCGAAAAAGAAGAACAGAGAGAAAACUAAACAAAACAAUUUAUAAAGAUAACGAUGGGUAACAUAAUAAGCAACAAUGAAUCGCAAACAAAUUAUACGUGCUAUACGGAAAACAAACAUCCGCUAUACUUAAACGCAAGCACAAAUAACUAUUUUGAGGAUAAUGAUCUUAGAUCUAGCACAAAAGCAUAUGCACCAGCAAAUUGCAGUCGACAAUCCAAUCCUGAGAAUUCUCGUAUGUUGUUCUUACUAUAUCUUAUCCACCGAACUUGGAAUGUUGUAGUGGAUAAUGUAGAUCACAAAAACAAAAAAUCUCCCUUGAAAUCUGUUUCAAAAGUUAGUUUCGAUGAUAAUUUUGAUACAGAUUUCAACCUCAGCGAUAUAGAUGAUCGGUCGAGCAUCGCUGGGUCACAGCAUUCAUCAUGUAGUUGUAGUUAUUGUGAAGAAGAAGUCCAACGAAAGUAUUUGAGCUACGCUCGACGGACUCGAUUUUCAAGUGCUCAAAGUGAUAUAUCCUACUGUUCACAUCAAAUGUCGCCAAACAUUGGGAAAAGCAUCACAGCAAGUAUGCAGCCAGAGUUUAAUGGUGGAAUGAUGGAAUGGAAUAGCAAUGUUAAGCAAGAAAACCAGCGUCCACCGGUUUUUAAUCCAGAGGACUAUGUGUUUUCGCUAAAAAAUUAUGGUCGUCGAGGAUCAAAUGGAUGCUUUAAAUCAAUUUACGACAUUAACACCAAUGAAGUGGCAACAAAAAAUGAAAAAAGUAAAAAUGAAAACUCCCAUAUCCGUUCACAUACUCUACCUCUCAAAAACAUAGAUCAUCGUUCAACGAUUGCAGCCCCUGCGUCAAUGGAUUGCGAGAUGUCUCUUCGUCAAUUCGGCUCCGUAACCGAUUUGCUGACAAAGCUACGAUCCGAUCUUCGCGCUUCGUUUCCAAGUUUUGUUCAGGAGUUUGUGUCCAGUCCGUUGGAUGGAGUCAGUUUGAUGCUGGAAGUGUUACGUGCAGUUCAACUUAGUCAAAGCGCUCCUUUAAACGGCACCACAACGAUGCCUGCGGGCGGUAUACCUCGGAACAAUCAAUCCUACCAACGUCGAGCACUUCUAGACGAGUUGGCAUGCUUACAAUGUUUAAGCAUCUGUUGCACUAGAAGUCCAGAGGCAGGAGCCCGUUUGGGCACGACAUCGAUAGGAUUACUUCCGCUAGCUGCUGCGGCAACAGGCACCGGAAUACGUUCACGGAUCGUCGCGUUACAGCUGCUCACGAUUGCCUGUGACAAAUCAGGUCUGCGAGAUGGAACGCAAAGAAGUCAGUUGCAUGGUCACACGGCAGUAUCAGAGGCCCUGUCAACGCUAAGGUUGCGCUGUGCUGAACCGGUUCGGUUUCGCCUGCUCGUCGGAAUGCUAAACAGUGGCGGUGGCUCAGGAGAACUACAGGCAAUCGGGAUGAGAUUCAUCAACACCUUUCUUGAGAGUGCUGAAAACGUACAAACCCGCCUAUACUUGCAGGCUGAACUUUUCCAGGCCGGAUUGGAUCCAUCACAAAUGUGCAAGACCAUAUCUUCAACAUCGCCGUGGCUAGAGCGACUACGCUUGGAGGUGAAACGUUGGGAUGCCAUAAGGAUUGAUAUUGAACAGUUACAGCUUCAGGCACGUUCAGCUGAGCAAGUUCGAAGCCGAUUAGUGAUUUUGGAGCGACGAGUACAAAUACUGCACGAAGAAAAGAGCGUUCUUUCGACUAUGGAACGGCGUCUACAAGAACGAUGCGCCGAAUUGCAGCGAGAGGUGCUACGUCUAAAGGGGACCAACAGUAAAGCCACUGAUAGCGAUUCUCAUGAAAAUUCAAACAGUUCUAGUUUGGAAAAGCGCCCUGUUGCUCUUCCUCGGCAAGUACCUCCUGAACCAAAACGAAAAACCUCCUCGGAGAAUGACGAUGAAGGAAUCAGCAGCUCAGAGACCGGUCAAUCAUCAACGCCCGAGCCACCUCGAUUGUACCCAGCGAAGGAUGCACAUUCUAGUGCAGGUUCGCACAAAUUUAGCAUAUCAUUAACACAGAAAAAUACUGCUCCAGCGCAUGAAGUAAGUGGAAACACUGAGGAAGACACAAACGACACGAUCGAUGACGUCAUCGAGGAGUUGCAGAACAUUGUGAACGACGCAGAGCGUGAAAUUUCGGAUCAGAAUGAGGUCCUCUACAACCACCUUGAUGACAUUCCUGAGCAAAUACUAUACAGCCUAGAGAUUAACAACGAAAAUGAGAUCGUUCCGGUCAAUCUGUUGCCUCAUCCACCGCGCAAGACACGCUCAAUGGCACAUUUGAUUUCAAAUCCAUCGGAUGGGGAAGGCUCCGGUUAUGAUAUGCUUUUGACAAACAAUGAAACCAAGGUGGAUUUUUUCGAUGAAGAAGACGAAGAGAACAGAGCUACACAGUUGAAGCAAUCAUUUGGAGAAAACUGUACGGCAAGCAGCUAUUUUGUAGCGGUGCCAGUUGAUGUAUCAGCCAAGCCUGACUCUGUUCCGAUGGCUUUGCCCGGUCCAGACAUUAUCAGCUCGGCUGCGGAAGGGACGGGCAACACCGAUCUAGUACCGUUGCAUCAUCACCAUACUCGUGAUAGGCAUAUCGUCUCGCAAUCGAAAGACUCUAAUCGCGCCAUUCUUAAUGUCAUUAUGGACGCGCGUGAUAAAGAGUUAAGGUUGCUUCGUGCACAAUCACUCGAAAGAGAACAGCAGGUGGCACAGCCAGCACCUCAGCAAUUCAAUGGUGUGUUCUUUAUGACUGACAUGAACAAUACGGGGAAGCAUCCAAAACCGGACAUAACAGCUGCUCUAGAUGCAAAAAAAGUGACGAAAAAUUUAGAUCGACUUGGAGCAUAUGGCAUCGAUUCCAUGAUUGAUAUUGUAAUGACGAAUGAGCAGCGACUGAAUAAAGCUAAUGCAUACGCGAAAUCGCUUAUGACUGCUGGUCCGUCUAACGCAGCCAAGCGAGCUAUGCCGACAAAUCAGAAUACUAUGGCACAAUUAAGAACGUUGGUACCGGAACUGGCAGAAAAGGCACGGAAAGAGUUGAACGAGGUGCCUAAUCGUAUUCCUGAAGACUUGGCUUCGCUGCGCUCGUGGUUAAUCAAGCAGACCCACCUCAAUCCACGUACGGAUGAUCAGUUUUUGGUUAACUUUUUACGCGGUUGUAAGUACAGUCUGGAGAAGACAAAAGAAAAGCUGGACAAUUACUACACCGUUAAGACGGCCAUUCCUGAGUUUUUCGAAAACCGUGAUCCAUGCAAUGAAGCAUUGCAAACCUACAUGAUGUUCGGCAAAAAAAUUCAAGAACGAAUUCAGGUGCACGAAUCCUUCGAGGCACUGCACAAGGUCAUUCCUAAAAAGUACCUACCAGAAGAGUACGGUGGUAGCGGCGGUCGAUUGGAUGCUAUCAUUGAAGACUGGCGGCUGCAAUUAAUCGCCAAUCGAGAUUUUUUCUCUGAGGAUGCCAAAUAUCGUAACGAUGAGCGAAAACGACCAGGCAAACCGAAAAAUGCGAGCAAUUUAUUUGGAGUCGAGGGAUCGUUUCGGUCACUAGAGUUUGAUUAGCUUGACCGUGGCCACCGGUAU